GCGGCUCAUUCAGAAGUUCCAAAAUCUUAUCCACCCACGCAACAUCCGGCGACAUUCGUCAAGAGUAGGCAGCAGCGAUGGCUCCGACAAAGACUUCCAAGGGUAAGGCGACGAAGGCGUCGCCCAAGGACGCCAAAGCAAAGGCUGCGAAGAAGGCUGCGCUCGCCGGCACUCACCAGCACAGCGCGCGCAAAGUGCGCCACUCCGUCUCGUUCCACCGUCCCAAGACCCUCCGCCUUCCCCGUGACCCCAAGUACCCCCGUAAAUCGAUCCCUCAUGCACCGCGGAUGGACCAGUUCAGGACGAUUGUCUCGCCAUUGAACACGGAGUCUGCCAUGAAGAAGAUUGAAGAGCACAACACCCUCGUCUUCAUCGUUGACCUUCGGGCGAAUAAGCGCCAGAUCAAGGACGCUGUAAAGAAGCUGUACGACGUCCAGGCUGCGAAGAUCAACACGCUCAUCCGCCCUGACGGCAAGAAAAAGGCGUACGUGCGUCUCACAUCAGACCACGAUGCACUGGAUGUUGCAAACAAGAUUGGGUUCAUUUAAUCGCCUCCUUUGGGCAUUCACCUUUAGCCAGCCAAGCUACUUGGUGCAGUGCAUCGCACGCCCGCACUGCUGGCGUUGUCGUACUCCUGCAUUGCAUCCGCAUCUAUCUGUCUGAUCCUGUCAUGUACGCGUACCUUCCAUGCCCCAUAUCAAGCAAGAUAUGCUAUCCUCGCCGUCAAAAAUGGUUUGCCAUCUGCAUCUCUGCUCUAAGAUAUCACCGACGGUGAUGAUGUUGUCCUGGAUUUACGUAAAUAGCAGUGCGGGGGACUUAGGAUUCACAGAUUUACUGCCGUUGAAAC